AUGGUGGCCCCAAUCGAGACUCAACUUCGUCUAGAGAAAUUUGAAGAAAAUUUAUAUCGAAGUACAGAAAAGUUAUGGAAACCUCGAAAUGCUCGUGGAGUAUUUGGAGGAGUUGUGAUUGCUCAAUCUCUCAUGGCUGCUGUACGUACUGUUGACCUCAAGUUUCAUGUGCACAGUAUGCACUGUUAUUUUGUAGCAGCUGGUGACAAUCAAAUUCCAAUUGUCUAUAAUGUUGAGCGAGUUCGAGAUGGUCGAUCAUUUGCAACACGCACUGUAAAGGCUAUUCAACGAGGCAAAUGUAUUUUUACUACGACUCUUUCAUUUAUGAUUCCUCCUCCUGAUGGUCAUGUAUCAUUGUCACAUCAAUCACUAUAUCCGGGAGUUCCAUCACCUCGCGAGUCACAAAACUAUGUGAGUCAUCUACGUCUUAAGAAGAAGGGAUUUGCAAAGCGUGGAAGCCCAGAAUCUAGUUACAAUGCCUUUGCAGUUCAAGCAGAUAAGUUAUCACCUCCUAUUCCUGUUCCUCCUAGUGCAGAUAAGAAGAGUUCAGUUCCUAAGGAAGAAGAGGGGGAAGUUGAGAAUGGAAUUGAUGUUCGAUUUAUUCCUCCAAGUGAAGAGUAUAUUGGACAAGCACCUUCUCAAAGACGGAUCCGACAUUGGAUUAAAGCUCAGGGGAAGAUUGUUGAUCCUCUUGCACAUGUGAUGGCACUUGCUUAUAUGAGUGAUUCAUUUCUUUUAGGGACAGCCAUGAUUGCCAAUGAUGUACAUUUUUCAGAUAUGUCAAUGAUGGUAUCAUUAGAUCAUACAAUUUAUUUCCAUAAGCCUCCUAAGGCUGAUGAAUGGUUGAUGCAUUGUGUUGAAUCACCAUGGACUGGGGAUGAUCGUGGGCUUGUUGUUGGGAGAUUUUUUUCGCUUGAGGGAGAUCAUGUAGCGACAGUGAUUCAGGAGGGGCUUCUUCGGUUGAGUGAUUCAGCUCAGCGGGAUGCCAAAUUGUAG